GUUUUGUCGUUAUUAUUUAUGCAGGUGAAUAGAAACAUCUAAGAGGCUUUAGAAACUGUUGAGCAUAAUACAUGUUAAAAUAAACAAGAAACGGACAUAAAUCUAUCGGAAGUCAAAACAACCAUGUAUACUUUGUCUCGUUGUGUUUAAGAUAAAUAGCCAUUUUUUGAUCAAAAAGUGAGCACGCUUGGUUGCUGAUUAUUGACAAGGCACCUCUCGCUCGGAAGCUUGGAAGUGGCUUACAACCUGAACAAUGAUAAUAAUUAGUAUCGUUUACUCUCUGAUGGAUAUAUCACGCAUUUAACUGCGGGGAGGAAUGUCUGCUGGUGAGGAUAGCAUUCUCCUACAGGUCGGGCGAAACUGGUGGUCCAAAACCAAACUAUGACGGCUUCAUCCCACGUGAUCGAUAGAGCGCCUUAACCAGAGAUUAUAGCUUUGGGGUUUCAAUGACAGUACUAAAUUUUUUUUGCAGUCUCUUUUCUAUUUGUGUAUAUUUUGGUCCAUUAAUUGUUAAAUCAGAAGUUAAAGGAUUACGUAUUUUUCGAGAAUUCUUUAUUUAUCACGGAGACUGUACGUCUCAUUCCUUAGAGAGCGCUCGGAGACAAGACAGAUGUAUUUAGGGGAGGAAUGAAUUAAGCGCAUAAUGUGAUAUCCAGAAGAAUUUAAGCUUGCUGCAAAUUCAAUUCUUACAGAGAAAUAUGGAAUCGACUAAUGGUGAAAACUUUACAGCAAAUAUUUUUUUUAAUUUUACCUGUUUAAAUGGAACUUUGAAUAUGUCAAAAUUGUGUAACGAUUCCGGAAUCAACUCGUUUCCCUCAACGAUUCAUUCGGAUGAUGAAGAUAAGUUAUCCAUAGAUGCCUUAAUAGGAUUAAUAUUUCUGUAUGCCAUAACAACUUUUCUGUCCUUGGGUGGCAAUAUUUUGGUGGUAUUGGUCUUUGUGAAAGGUCGACGUUCGAGAACAGACCUUAGACUCUUCCUAAUCAACCUUGCAGCAUCCGACUUAAUUAUGGCAGCCUUUUGUAUGCCUUUCACCUUUGCUGACAGCAUUAUGGGCUACUGGGUGUUUACAGCCCCCUUGUGUCCAAUUGUGUUAUUUUUUCAAAUUUUUUCCGUAUGUGGAAGUGUAUUUACUAAUGUCGCAAUUGGAAUUGAUAGGUUUAUGGCGGUCUCAUUUCCGUUGCAUUCCAGAAUUACGUACCGACGGGGAAAAUACGUAAUUGCAUUGGUCUGGCUGUGCGCGUUUGCACUUUCGGCCGUGCAGUUUUUUAUCGGACGGUCGUCCAUCUACAAGGGCAAAGUCAUUUGCAACGAGGAAUGGCCCCACCCUAGUUCACGUCCACUGUACACUGUCUUUGUGAUGAUUUUGACCUACCUGUUUCCUUUACUUAUUCUUCUACUUACAUACACCGUAGUUGGAAUAAUGCUUUGGAAGCGGACGGCCCCGGGAAAUAAACAUUAUGAAAGAGAUAGACAUCAACUUCGAUCGAAAAUUAAGGUCGUCAAAAUGUUAGUCAUUGUCGUUGUGAUGUUUGGAAUCUGUUGGUUGCCUCUCCACUUGUUCAAUCUCAUGGGAGACUUUACCGAAGUUUUUAAAGAUGUUCCACACCAACAAAAACUCGCCCUUUUUCUGGGCGCCCAUUGGUUAGCCAUGAGCAACAGCUUUGCAAACCCAAUCAUAUAUGGAUUUACCAAUGAAACAUUCAGGGCAGAUUUAGUUGUGCUUAUGCACAACUGGUUUCCAUGGAGUCAUUGCCUUCGGAACUUGAUGAUUCGAACCUACAGCCUUUCAACAUAUGACAGUGUCAUCUACCGACGGACCACCAUGCUCAACAGACAAACCUCAUUUAACAACAAUUCGUGUUCCAGUAAAUCUCUCAAAGCAACAACGACGCUUAACGGAAGUGCCAGGCCAAUGAGAAAACUCCAUCGUGUUGGAACAGAGGUGCGAACGAAUAAAUCCAAUAUUCCUGUCAGAAAGUUUAGUUCAAUUCAAUACAAACACAGACUACCAUCAUCCGAUGAACAACCAUGACACCUGAUUUUUUUCUGUUAAUUUAUUUUUCUAUUAAUAUCAAAAAUUGAUAUAAUGUGAAUAUUGAUGAAAGAUGUUUUGGGGUUGUUUUUUUUAAACAAAUAUGUGAUUUCUUAAAUUUGUUUGUUAGAUUGCAAUGAGCAACUUUAAAACAAUUAGAGUUUUAUGAUUCUAUAUAAAGAUUCAAUCUGAUGUUGCAGAAUUAUAUGCACUGACUGAGUAGCACUGGUAAGAUCAGGUAGCUGUUCUGUCGUCAUAGGGUGUUAGCAAACAGGAAGCAGAUGACGGAUCGUGAUAAAUCUCCAGCAUACCUCUCCCCUUGCAGCAUGAGCAUACAGGGAUACCCUGUUUUCCUUGUCGUCACGCGAGAACACACUUGACAGAUCGUUCUCUGUAAAAGUUGUUGUAAAUUUUUUCCGCUGAAUAAGUACUAUUUGUUAACCCGACAUUUUUAUUUGAAAUCUAUAAUUACUUUAGUGUUUACUUCUUAAGAAUUAACGAGGCCGGGUCUAAUUUUUUCUGCCCUAGAUUUUUGAAUGAAAUUUUUAACAAGAAUUUCUACUGAUAUAAUUAUUAUUUUAAGUUUAAAAAAAUAAGACAUUUACCACACCGUUUGUUUAAGGGGUCAUCUCAAAGUUUGUUGAUUUUUAACAUAGGACUCUAUGGGAUUUUGCUUGAAAUGUACCAAAUUUGCACAUUUUUUAAACUUCUGCCCUAGGGAUUUCUUUUUCUGUUCUACAAAUAAAAGUUAUUGCUGAAAGGCAUCAAAUUGUCAAAUAAAAAAAACAUUCUACCUCCUGGUUUGUUCCAGGGGUCUUAUCAAAGUUAUUUUUUGUACGCCCAAUUUCCCAGUUUGUCAGAUAAUGGCUAUUUUUUAUUUGACAAAGACGGAAAUGGUGACCUUUAUUGUAUUAUUAAAACAUUAAGACAUAUUUCGGUAAUAAAUAAAUAUAUAACAUCACAUAUUAAGGGUAAAUGAUAUGAAAUACAUGGUUAAUGUCUUGAAAUAAAUAAAUUUAGCGAUAUUUAGGCGGGUUAAGAAAACGUGACAGAGGGUUAGGCUUGCUGAACCCUCUUCACGUUUUCGACCCGAGCCCAAAUAUAGCUUAUACUUCGAGACAUUUAUGUUUAUUCCACAAUAUAAUAUCAAUUUUACACAUCAAACGAGUUAUUUUCAACAAAUUUCGCUGAAUAUCUGCAGUUGAAACUAUCACGCCAUGGCGUCAACAAAGCAAAAAGAUGACGUCACAAUACAAAUGAAACGCUGCGCGAAAGCGUGCGUACUCGUUCUGUACUCGGCCUCGUUUAGAGCUAUUCAUUGCGUCAGAAUAUGAAGAAGACAAAUUUUGACAUUUAGAAGACAAAACAUGAAAAAUGUUCACGUACUAGAAUUGUAUUUCCAAACCUUUUCCAGAUAUUUAUGCAUAUACAAGACGGAUACCGGUACAUUUUUGAUUAAUUGAAAACUUCCUUGGUGUUAUCAUACAGUCUUAACGUUAUGCAAUUUGUUGACUGUUAAUUUUCAGUUGUUGAGUUCUUAUCCAAUAAAGUUCCUUUCA